AUGUCACAAGAAUCUGAUCCUAACAUGGAAGAUCAUCCUGUACGACAACCUGUUCGCAACGUCCCAGAUUUGAACAUGCAAGCAUUAUUACGAGAGAUGGAAAGACUUUUAGAUAGAAGAUUAAAUCCCCUUGAAGAUCGUCUAUUCCAAGUCAAAGCAAGAGAGCAACGCGAAAGAACUCCUGAAGUUGUCCGACCUAGAUGGGAGAGGCCAAAUCAACAACGAGAAAGACGAAGAGAUCAAGAUGAUGCUGUAAAUGAUCAUAGUGAUCUUGAAAGUGGUCAAGAUUCAAAUGCAAGUAGCUCAGAUCCGGAGGCCUAUCUUGAGUGGGAAAAGAAGAUCGAGUUGGUGUUUGAUUGUCAUAACUAUUCUGAAAACAAAAAGGUGAAGUUAGCAGCAAUUGAAUUUUCGGAUUAUGCCAUGAUUUGGUGGGAUCAACUAACUACUAGCCGGAGAUGUAAUGGAGAACAACCGAUCUCUACAUGGACCGAGAUGAAGGCAGUCCUGAGGCGACGAUUUAUCCCUUCUUACUACCACCGGGAGUUGCACCAAAAACUUCACAAUCUUACACAAGGGACCAAAAGCGUCGAAGACUACUACAAGGAGAUAGAAAUUGCAAUGAUUUGGGCAGAUGUUCAAGAGGAUUCUGAAGCAACGAUGGCACGAUUUUUGGCCGGAUUAAACCGAGACAUUGCGAAUGCCGUCGAGCUUCAACACUAUCUUGAAGUGGUGGACAUGGUUCAUAUGGCUAUCAAGGUAGAAAAGCAACUUAAGCGUAAAGGCUCAAAUCGAGGUUUUUCCACUUCUAACACAUCCAAGUGGGGCCAAAGUUCAAGUAGAGGUUUUUCAACAUCUCAAGGAAAGGAUUCUAUGGCACUUUUGAAACCAAACAAGCCUAAUAUCGAAACAAACAAAGGUAAGGCACCCGAGGUUUCUAUCAAUCGUAAUCGUGACGUUAAAUGUUUCAAAUGUCUAGGAAGGGGACACAUAGCCAGUCAGUGCCCAAAUCGAAGAACUAUGGUGAUUCGUGCUGAUGGUGAAAUCGAGACGGAGGAUGAAGAAGAAAAGGAGUCUGAAUCGAUUUCUGAAACUGAGGAGGACUUAGAACAACCUGUGGAAGGUGAACUACUCAUUGUCAAAAGGAGUCUUAGUCUCCAAGGCAUGGAUAAUGAGCUACAACGGGAGAACAUAUUUCAUACCCGAUGCUUGGUUGGAGGAAAAGUCUGUUGUGUCAUCAUCGACGGUGGUAGUUGUACAAACGUAGCAAGUACGAUGAUGGUUGAAAAACUCAGUUUGCCAACUACUAAGCAUCCGAGCCCCUACAAACUUCAGUGGCUCAAUGACGGUGGAGAGCUUAAAGUGACCAAGCAAGAUUUUAAAGAUGUUUUCCCGGAGGAAGUCCCAAAUGGUUUACCAUCGCUUCGUGGAAUUGAACAUCAAAUAGAUUUUAUACCGGGAGCUGCUAUCCCAAACCGUCCCGCUUAUCGAGCCAAUCCAGAAGAGACUAAAGAAUUGCAACGGCAAGUCAAUGAUCUGUUGCAAAAGGUUACGUUAGAGAGUCUUAGUCCUCAGGUUGCACUGUUUUACUAG